AUGGCAUACUCCCCAUACGACGCCUAUGAUUCCUAUGACGACUACGACUCCUACAGCCGUCCUCGCAAGCAGUCGUUUGGAUACAGAGCGACCACUCCUAUCGGUGGCUACCCAUACGAUCCACGGUUGGGAGCAACGUACAGUGAGCCAAUGAUGCGCGGAGAGCGUUACUCUUCAUCAGCCUACCCGAUGUACCCGUCCAACCGUAGCAUGUAUCGGACACCCAAUCACAGCGCGAAUUAUCUUCCGUAUGAUGAUAUGGAUUACCGUACUGGAACUCCCGGCCUCUAUCCCCCUCUCGUGCAACCCUUAGCAAUGGGUAGACCGCGCCGGGCAUCAUCAGUAUCUUACUCACCAAGGCCGCCAGCAUUCGGAGACCCCUUCCGCAGAAAUAGCCCCCCUCAGGUUAGAUUCAAGCGUAAGGGUGCCUUCCGGAGCGGAAUCACCCUUGGUGAAGCACAAGCCAAUGUUCGAUUGGCUGGACACGACUCAUACACCUUCAAUGAUCUCGGUGUUGAUCACCGAGGCAAGAUCUAUGUGAAGAUGUCGUGGCCGGGAUAUUCACCACUCAAUUACGAGAUACCUGUUGAUGGCUAUGGGGGUCUCAUCGACCUUCAAUCGUUGACGCGCAGGAUCGGACGUGCGGUUUCACAUUAUCUUCAGGCCAACAUCAUCCCUAUACCAAUGGAUCGUAUCGAGCUAUCGCACAUGGAAGAAGUCGGCAUGGGUACAUGGCAUCUCAAGAUGACAACAAAUUGA